GCGCUCAGGAGCUCGGUGCAGCCUCUUCUGGAGAGUUGGGGGCGGUUUCCAGGGUCCGGAGUGUCCCCUGACCCCGGGAAAGCUGGAACAAAAGUAAAAAAUCUUCACUAACAAAAUGAAGAUCCUGCUAAUUAUAUUUGUCCUAAUCAUUUGGACUGAAACAUUGGCAGACCAGAGCCCAGGGCCAGGCCCUGUGUAUGCAGAUGUUGUGUUUCUGGUGGACAGCUCCGAUCACCUGGGACCUAAGUCAUUCCCAUUCGUGAAAACGUUCAUCAGCAAAAUGAUCAACAGUCUCCCCAUAGAGGCCAACAAAUACCGUGUAGCCCUGGCCCAGUACAGCGACGAGUUUCACAGUGAAUUCCAUCUGAGCACCUUCGAAGGCAGAAGCCCCAUGCUGAACCACCUCAAGAAGAACUUUCAGUUCAUUGGCGGGUCCCUGCAGAUAGGAAAGGCUCUUCAGGAGGCUCAUAGGACCUACUUCUCUGCACCCACAAAUGGGAGAGACAGGAAACAGUUUCCCCCAAUUUUGGUGGUCCUGGCUUCGGCUGAGUCUGAGGAUGAAGUGGAAGGGGCUUCGAAAGCCCUGCAGAAAGACGGGGUGAAAAUUAUCUCCGUGGGGGUGCAGGAAGCUUCUGAGGAAAAUCUGAAGGCCAUGGCCACGUCCCAUUUCCAUUUCAACCUUCGGACAAUCAGAGACCUCAGCACAUUUUCCCAAAACAUGACACAGAUCAUCAAGGAUGUAACCAAGUAUAAGGAGGGAGCCGUCGAUGCUGAUAUGCAAGUUCACUUCCCCAUAUCCUGUCAGAAAGAUUCACUUGCUGACCUCGUGUUCCUGGUGGAUGAGUCACUUGGGACCGGAGGAAAUUUAAGGCAUCUUCAGACCUUCCUUGAGAACAUUACCAGCUCCAUGGAUGUGAAGGAAAAUUGCAUGCGACUUGGACUGAUGAGUUACAGCAAUAGUGCCAAGACUAUUUCAUUUCUUAAAUCAAGCACAACCCAAUCUGAAUUUCAGCAGCAAAUCAAGAAUCUUUCUAUCCAAGUUGGGAAAUCCAAUACAGGGGCUGCCAUUGAUCAGAUGAGAAGAGACGGCUUCUCAGAGUCAUAUGGCAGCAGAAGAGCACAAGGAGUGCCUCAGAUUGCAGUUCUGGUCACCCACAGACCAUCAGAUGAUGAGGUGCAUGAUGCUGCACUGAACCUUCGACUGGAGGAUGUAAACGUGUUUGCCUUGAGCAUCCAAGGGGCUAACAAUACCCAGUUAGAAGAAAUAGUGUCUUAUCCUCCAGAACAGACAAUUUCCACGCUGAAGUCCUAUGCAGACUUAGAAACUUACAGUAAAAAGUUCCUGAAAAAGCUCCAGAAUGAAAUAUGGUCCCAAAUUUCUACUUAUGCUGAACAAAGGAAUCUUGAUAAAACUGGCUGUGUGGAUACAAAAGAGGCUGAUAUCCAUUUCCUCAUUGAUGGCUCAAGCAGCAUCCAGGAGAAACAGUUUGAGCAGAUCAAGAGAUUUAUGUUGGAAGUGACAGAAAUGUUUAGCAUUGGCCCAGACAAAGUCCGAGUUGGAGUUGUGCAGUAUUCAGAUGACACAGAAGUGGAAUUUUAUGUCACUGACUAUUCUAAUGACAUUGACUUAAGAAAGGCUAUUUUUAACAUUAAGCAACUAACUGGUGGAACUUAUACUGGGAAAGCUCUGGAUUACAUACUGCAAAUAAUAAAAAAUGGAAUGAAGGAUAGAAUGAGCAAGGUUCCCUGUUACCUCAUUGUGUUGACUGAUGGGAUGUCCACAGACAGAGUCGUGGAACCUGCUAAGAGACUAAGGGCUGAGCAAAUCACUGUUCAUGCAGUUGGCAUUGGGGCAGCUAAUAAAACAGAACUGCAAGAAAUUGCUGGGAAAGAAGAAAGGGUUAGCUUUGGGCAGAACUUUGAUGCUUUGAAAAGCAUAAAAAAUGAAGUCAUUCGUGAAAUCUGCGCUGAAAAAGGAUGUGAAGACAUGAAGGCUGACAUCAUGUUUCUGGUGGACAGUUCUUGGAGUAUAGGAAAUGAAAAUUUUAGGAAAAUGAAAAUCUUCAUGAAAAACCUGUUAACUAAAAUUCAAAUUGGUGCAGACAAAACCCAGAUUGGUGUUGUUCAGUUCAGUGAUAAAACUAAGGAAGAGUUCCAGCUUAAUAGAUACUUUACACAGCAAGAAAUUUCUGAUGCAAUAGAUAGAAUGUUUCUCAUCAAUGAAGGCACUUUAACUGGAAAGGCACUAAAUUUUGUAGGUCAAUACUUCACCCACUCCAAGGGGGCCCGUUUGGGGGCCAAAAAAUUUCUCAUCCUCAUCACAGAUGGAGUAGCGCAGGAUGAUGUGAGAGAUCCUGCUAGAAUUCUUCGGGGCAAAGAUGUGACCAUCUUCUCUGUAGGAGUAUACAAUGCCAAUAGAUCUCAGCUAGAAGAGAUCAGUGGGGAUAGCAGCCUAGUUUUUCAUGUUGAGAACUUCGAUCAUCUAAAGGCACUAGAAAGGAAACUUAUCUUUCAUGUGUGUGCUCUCCAUGAUUGUAAAAGGAUUACACUACUAGAUGUCGUGUUUGUGCUGGAUCAUUCAGGUAGCAUAAAAAAACAAUAUCAAGAUCACAUGAUUAACCUAACUAUCCAUUUGGUGAAGAAAGCAGAUGUUGGCAGGGACCGAGUUCAGUUUGGAGCCCUCAAAUACUCUGACCAACCUAACAUCCUUUUCUACCUUAAUACAUACUCGAACAGAUCAGCAAUAAUUGAGAAUCUGCGGAAGCGCAGGGACACUGGAGGGAACACCUACACUGCCAAGGCUCUCAAGCAUGCAAAUGCCCUGUUUACAGAGGAACAUGGCAGCCGCAUCAAGCAAAAUGUGAAGCAGAUGCUGAUUGUCAUCACCGAUGGGGAAUCCCAUGACCAUGAUCAGCUCAAUGACACAGCAUUGGAACUGAGAAACAAAGGCAUCACCAUCUUUGCAGUGGGUGUAGGAAAGGCCAACCAAAAGGAACUUGAGGGUAUGGCAGGGAAUAAAAACAAUACUAUCUAUGUAGAUAAUUUUGACAAACUGAAAGAUGUUUUCACACUUGUUCAAGAACGUACGUGUACUGAAGCACCAGAGGUCUGUCAUCUUCAGGAAGCUGACGUGAUUUUCCUUUGCGAUGGCUCUGACAGGGUAUCUAAUUCAGAUUUUGUAACCAUGACAACUUUCUUGUCAGACUUAAUUGAUAAUUUUGACAUUCAGUCUCAAAGAAUGAAAAUUGGUAUGGCUCAAUUUGGAAGCAACUACCAGAGUAUUAUUGAGUUGAAAAACUCUCUGACUAAAACCCAGUGGAAGACUCAAAUUCAGAAUGUCUCCAAGAGCGGUGGAUUUCCGAGAAUUGACUUUGCCCUUAAAAAAGUGAGCAAUAUGUUUAAUCUACAUGCUGGUGGGAGAAGAAAUGCUGGUGUCCCCCAAACUUUGGUUGUUAUCACAUCUGGAGAUCCUCGCUAUGAUGUGGCAGAUGCAGUAAAAACCCUGAAGGACCUUGGAAUUUGUGUCCUGGUUUUGGGCAUAGGAAAUGUUUAUAAGGAACAGCUCCUGCCAAUAACAGGCAAUUCUGAAAAAAUAAUCACUUUUCAAGACUUUGAUAAAUUAAAGAAUGUGGAUGUGAAAAAAAGAAUCAUCCGUGAAAUCUGCCAGAGCUGUGGGAAAACCAAUUGCUUUAUGGACGUAAUGGUUGGGUUUGACAUCUCCACUCAUGUGCAGGGGCAGCCUUUGUUCCAGGGCCACCCCCAGCUGGAAUCCUACCUCCCAGGCAUCUUAGAAGACAUCAGCUCUAUCAAGGGGGUGAGCUGUGGGGCUGGCACAGAGGCACAGGUGAGCUUGGCGUUUAAGGUGAACAGUGACCAAGGAUUCCCUGCCAAGUUCCAAAUCUAUCAGAAAGCAGUGUUUGACAGCUUGCUGCAAGUCAACGUCAGUGGGCCAACUCAUCUGAACGCACAGUUCUUGCGGUCUCUUUGGGACACAUUUAAGGAUAAAUCUGCAUCCCGGGGCCAGGUGCUGCUUAUUUUUUCAGACGGUCUCCAGAGUGAAAGCAACAUAAUGCUUGAAAAUCAAUCAGACAGGCUCAGAGAAGCAGGACUUGAUGCUCUGCUGGUAGUGUCCCUUAACACAACUGCUCAUCAUGAGUUUUCUAGCUUUGAAUUUGGAAAAAGAUUCGAUUACAGGACUCAUCUGACUAUUGGAAUGAGAGAACUGGGCAAAAAACUAUCACAGUACCUGGGAAACAUUGCAGAGAGGACUUGCUGCUGUACAUUCUGCAAAUGUCCAGGAAUUCCAGGACCUCAUGGGACCCGAGGACUACAAGCCAUGAAGGGUUCUCAAGGUCUGAAAGGCAGCAGAGGACACAGGGGAGAGGAUGGAAACCCUGGAGUACGAGGAGACACAGGACCCCAAGGAGAUAAAGGGAUUGCAGGAUGUCCAGGGGCGUGGGGUCAGAAGGGACUCAAAGGAUUUUCUGGACCUAAGGGAGGUCAUGGAGACGAUGGGAUUGAUGGACUUGAUGGGGAAGAGGGCUCUCAUGGAUUUCCUGGAAUAAAAGGAGAAAAAGGCGAUCCAGGAUCUCAGGGCAGCCCAGGUUCCAGAGGUGCCCCUGGGCAGUAUGGAGAGAAGGGCUUCCCAGGCGAUCCGGGUAAUCCAGGACAAAACAAUAACAUCAAAGGACAAAAGGGCUCCAAAGGAGAUCAAGGAAGACAAGGUAGAACUGGACAGAAAGGGGCGCAAGGCAGUCCUAGUUCCAGAGGCAGCAGGGGAAGAGAAGGUCAAAGGGGACUCCGAGGUGUCUCAGGAGAACCAGGAAAUCCUGGACCUACAGGCACAUUGGGAGCUGAAGGAUUACAAGGCCCACAGGGGUCACAGGGAAAUCCUGGCAGAAAAGGAGAAAAAGGAAGCCAGGGGCACAAAGGACCUCAGGGUUCUCCUGGGCUAAUGGGAGCUAAAGGGAGCACUGGAAGACCUGGACUUUUGGGGAAAAAAGGAGAGCCUGGAAUUCCUGGAGAUCUAGGGCCAGUGGGGCAGACUGGGCAGCGAGGAAGACAGGGAGAUUCUGGCAUCCCAGGCUACGGUCAGAUGGGACGAAAAGGAGUAAAGGGCCCAAGAGGAUUCCCUGGAGAUGUGGGGCAGAAGGGUGAUAUUGGUGAUCCUGGAAUUCCUGGGGGACCUGGACCCAAAGGAUUUAGGGGACUAGCACUCACUGUAGGCUUGAAAGGUGAAGAGGGAUCUCGAGGACUCCCAGGCCCUCCUGGACAGAGAGGCAUUAAAGGCAUGGCAGGGCAGCCUGUAUAUUCUCAAUGUGAUCUGAUCCGGUUUUUGCGGGAACAUAGUCCUUGCUGGAAAGAAAAAUGUCCAGCAUAUCCAACAGAGCUAGUAUUUGCUCUGGACAAUUCCUACGAUGUCACAGAAGACAGCUUUAAUAAAACACGGGACAUCAUCACUUCCAUUGUCAAUGACCUUAACAUCAGGGAAAAUAACUGUCCUGUGGGAGCAAGAGUUGCCAUGGUUUCCUAUAACUCAGGCACCAGCUAUCUCAUCCGCUGGUCUGACUACAAUAGGAAGAAGCAACUCCUCCAGCAGCUUUCCCAAAUAAAGUAUCAAGACACCACAGAGCCCCGAGAUGUUGGUAAUGCAAUGAGGUUUGUGACCCGCAAUGUGUUCAAGCGGACGUAUGCAGGAGCCAACGUGAGGAGAGUUGCUGUGUUUUUUAGCAAUGGUCAAACGGCCAGUAGGUCAUCCAUCAUUACGGCCACCAUGGAGUUUAGUGCCCUGGAUAUCAGUCCAACAAUCUUUGCUUUUGAUGAGAGAGUUUUCCUUGAAGCUUUUGGGUUUGACAACACUGGAACAUUUCAGGUGAUUCCAGUUCCUCCAAAUGGGGAAAAUCAAACAUUAGAAAGACUUUGGCGCUGUACACUUUGCUAUGAUAAAUGUUUUGCAAAUGCUUGCAUUCGAGAGGCUUUCUUACCUGAAGAUUCAUACAUGGAUGUAGCCUUCCUCAUAGACAAUUCUUGGAAUAUAGCAAAGGAUGAUUUUAAGGCUGUGAAAGCCUUGGUGAGCUCAGUGAUUGACAACUUCAACAUUGCUUCAGACCCUUUAAUCUCAGACUCUGGUGAUAGGAUUGCUUUGUUGAGCUAUUCUCCUUGGGAAAGUUCCAGGAGAAAGAUGGGUACAGUAAAAACAGAGUUUGAUUUCAUCACUUAUAACAACCAACUCCUAAUGAAGAAUCACAUCCAGACUUCCUUCCAACAGCUAAAUGGAGAAGCAACAAUUGGUCGUGCCCUACUGUGGACCACUGAAAAUCUUUUUCCAGAAACACCCUAUCUAAGAAAACACAAGGUCAUCUUUGUGGUCUCAGCUGGAGAAAAUUAUGAGAGAAAAGAAUUUGUAAAAAUGAUGGCUUUGAGGGCUAAGUGUCAAGGCUACGUCAUAUUUGUGAUUUCUCUGGGCUCUACACGUAAGGAUGACAUGGAGGAGUUAGCCAGCUACCCACCUGAUCAACACCUGAUACAGCUUGGGAGAAUACAUAAACCAGAUCUGAAUUAUAUUGCAAAGUUCUUAAAGCCAUUUUUAUACUCGGUCAGGCGGGGAUUCAAUCAGUACCCACCACCGAUGCUUGAGGAUGCCUGUAGACUCAUCAAUUUAGAAGGAGAGAAUAAUCAAAAUGAUGGUUUCCAAUUUGUUACUGAGCUACAAGAGGAUUUUUUGGGAGAGAAUGGCUUCAUUGGCCAAGAAUUAAAUUCUGGAAGAGAAUCACCUUUUGUAAAGAUGGAAGACAAUGGAAGUGACUAUUUGGUUUACCUUCCAAGCCAAAUGUUUGAGCCACAAAAAUUAAUGAUCAAUUAUGAAAAAGAUCAAAAAUCUGCAGAAAUUGCAAGUCUCACUUCUGGACAUGAAAAUUAUGGCAGAAAAGAAGAACCAGAUCAUACUUAUGAACCUGGAGAUGUCUCUCUUCAAGAAUAUUACAUGGAUGUGGCUUUCCUCAUAGAUGCUUCCCAAAGAGUAGGAAGUGAUGAGUUUAAGGAAGUAAAAGCUUUUAUAACCUCAGUGCUUGAUUACUUUCACAUCGCCCCCGCUCCACUGACCUCCACCUUAGGAGACAGGGUUGCUGUCCUGAGCUACUCUCCCCCAGGCUAUAUGCCUAACACUGAAGAAUGCCCUGUCUACCUGGAAUUUGAUUUGGUUACUUAUAACAGUAUACACCAAAUGAAACAUCAUCUCCAAGACUCUCAACAGCUCAAUGGAGAUGUUUUUAUUGGCCAUGCCUUGCAGUGGACAAUUGACAAUGUCUUUGUAGGAACCCCCAAUCUGAGGAAAAACAAAGUUAUCUUUGUAAUAUCUGCUGGCGAAACCAACUCUUUAGACAAAGACGUCUUAAGGAAUGUGUCUCUGAGAGCCAAGUGUCAAGGCUACUCCAUAUUUGUGUUUUCCUUUGGCCCUAAACACAAUGACAAAGAAUUAGAAGAAUUAGCCAGCCACCCUCUGGAUCAUCACUUGGUCCAACUUGGCCGAACCCACAAGCCAGAUUGGAACUAUAUCAUCAAGUUUGUCAAGCCAUUUGUCCAUUUAAUCAGACGUGCCAUCAACAAAUAUCCCACCGAAGAUAUGAAAGCCACAUGUGUUAACAUGACCUCUCCCAACCCAGAGAACGGUGGCACAGAAAACACUGUAUUACUUCUUCCUGGGAUAUAUGAAAUAAAGACAGAAAAUGGUGAUCUGUUUGAUGAAUUUGAUUCCCAGGCACAACAUCUCCUUGUAUUAGGGAACAAUCAUAGUAAUGGUUCUGAGACAGCUACUGAUUUGAUGCAGAAGUUAUACCUGCUCUUUUCAACUGAGAAACUGGCAAUGAAAGACAAGGAAAAAGCACAUUUAGAAGAAAUUUCAGCUCUAGUGGUUGAUAAACAGCAAGAAAAAGAAGAUGGUGAAGAUACAAAGUCAUCAUAGGAGAAAAGAAGAUAGCUCCACUGACAUGUAUAAUCCCAUGUGGUUCUAACCAGAAUGUAUAAUCAUCUGUUAGAGGUAGUGUGGUAAAUGACAGGGACUUUUCACAAAAACAAUUGGCUAAUAGCAUGCUAAAUUUGUUCUCCAUCUCAAAUCUUGAGGAGAAGAAUUUUCGGAGUGAAGACAUCAGUAAGAAGACCUGACAAACCAGGAAUGAUUUCAUUUCUCCUGAGAACUGGGGAAACCGACCUAUAAGAGUUAACUUUUCUUUGAAAGCUCUGCAUAGUUCAGGCAUCGAUUUUGAUGAUGUAUCUGCCUGGAAAAGAUUGUCAUUAUUUUCAUCACAUCUGUAUCUCAGAUUGGACUCCUCUAAAAGCAUUUGGAAUUGGAAUUUCCUAGGAAUAUCUUCUACUAAUUCUUAAAACUGGAAAGCCAUGCCCAUGUCGUUGGUUCUGGGGUGACCCUAACAUUUCAUCUAGCAGUGAUUGUCUUCUAAAACCCACCUGUCAGGCUGCUAUGACCCAUAGUUAAUGCUUUCUCUUCACCAGGACAUUGACAAAAGAAUGGAAUUGGUGAAAAAGAAAAAAGCGAUAAGAGGCUAAUUUUAUGAACCAUAUUUUUUGCUGUAAUCUUUUGUUUAAAUUUUAGCAUGCUUUGCUUUGUGUAUACUGAAUUUUUGCAGCAAAAGAAUUACGGAAAAGCACAGAUACUCUAUAUGACCAGAGAUGUUCUUGGGAAUUACAAUGUAGCAAGAGAUAAUUUCUAAAAUAAAAACAAGUCUGACUUGG